GUAGGAGCCUUACGAAGCCGGACUUCCAACGUCUGUUCAUUCAGCUGACAGGCUGCAUGCAUCUAUUUAUAGCAGAGAUGAGAAAAUCGCUGGUACUCCUCUCAGCAUUCCCGAUAGAUCAGAUUGGCCAUCCGUAUGAAAACCUCCCAGGUAUGGUGAUGAUGAUGGAUAUUGCGGGUCCGUCAGACCGUAGAGGCGGCAGCAACAAGGGUCGGGAGCUGACGGUAUCUGAGAUAUCUGACCAAUUAGAGGAGUCUGUUAUACUUGAUGGACCAAUGGCAACAUCAGAAGACCUGCAGCUAAUUGCUAAAGACAUGGAGGAGGUACGAAAGAUGCUACGAGAGGUCGAUCUAGAUGAGAUGAUUCCUCGACAACGAUCACCCGAUGAUAUCGUGCACGUAGCCUCCAUCCACCAUCACAGCAGCCUAAUUAGACUACGUCGACGACUAUUCUGCUGCUGUGGACGGUCGAAGCACAUCCAGCCCUAAGCAAGGCCGUGUCCGAAUCAACGACUUCGGCUACGGCUGUUGGCUUCAUUGACUGUCCAAGCGCAAGUCCAGCCACAUGUCAAUUCGGACACGGUCUACAAUAAAAUUUAACAAAAUCUUUAUCAAGACAUUCAUUUGUGACCAAAACAUGGAAACCACAAUGCAAUGUCAGUUACGUCGACACUAGGUUUUGUUAGGUAAAAACCAAGACACCAAUGCAAUUGCCCAGUAAAACACACAACACCAACCCAAGUGAUUGUGGUCACUCCCUUUCGCCCUUUGUUUGUGAAGGAUCAAGAAACUCGAUACUGGACUUUUACACUAGUGGACUAUCAACCAUAUACAUUAGUUUUCAAGGAUGGACUAUAUAUAUCAAGAAGCUACGAGACACUCGUCAUGGUUCCUUCUACAUGCAAGGCUUGGCUUGCAUCAUAAGCAGAAGUGCUCAACACUGAUAAAGACAUGGGCAUACUGCUGUGAACGAGUCGAGUUCAAAGGAAUAUUUUGGUGUUGCUACGGAGAGUCGAAUUCAGCGAUAGUUGAAGUUCCAGAGAACUGUUGUCGAUGGGCGAAUGAGGGGGAAAAUCUGCCUCUUGAGGAGGAGGAACACGCAAACUCAUUGCAUUAUUAAUUUGCUUGAGUUUAGAUUAUAAUUUAUGUUAUGGAUCGACGAGGCAGUGGUUCGACGUUUGAAGCAAGGCCGCAUAGAAACAACUAAAAUCAGAUUACUUUCGGCACAGAAUCGCAAAGAGAAACCAUUCAGGACGUAUGUGUCAUCACCGUUUCCUCUAUAAUAUGGCGGCAUUUUUACGUCAAUGCCAAUGUCCAAACCACAAACCAAGCUCAGUAUAAUUUUUUAGUGUAGGCCUACGGUAUUUAUUCCCUACUCAGUGUCAGUGAAAUGCAGCGCACAUCCACAACACUCAUUCAUUAAUCACCGGUAUGUAAUUUAUUAUCAAUAUGAAUCGUUAUCGACCAAAAUGUUAGUGACGUGUACAUCGUUAGUGGAUGGUGUCUGCAAUAGGUUGCACUACGAUAAGCUAGUCUGCGAACGAGAACAGACAUACGCCCUCAACGACGAGAUGUAACGGCAGGGUGUGGAUGUUAAUAAAGUGACUAUUUCUAGCAAAAUCAGUGCAGACAAUAGUCAGGCAGCACCGGUCAAUCGCAACUCGGAUCAUAAACUUGCACCCAGGGCUACGAGCGCCCCCAUUACAGCAGUCCAGCAUUCACAAUAAGAACAACAAGAGACAGAGUGCACAAAACAUCGAUCGAGACCAUACCAAUAUUCUGUUGGGGGUAUUGUAUUAGGGAGUGCACUUUUUGGUUUGAGUGUCCACCAUAUCUAAACAUGGCUUUAUGGCUCUUUUCAGAGCCACGAUCAUUCCUGUAGAGAGGUUUACAUAACAAAUAAUAACUUCUUUAAGUGCUCUUUGAAUGUAAAAGAGUGAAAAACUUCUCGUUUUAUCCGCCAUUCCACUCUUGCAAAGAGCCAUUUGGCGGACAACUCCUUUUAGAAUGAAAGACGCGUACUUUUAACUCGAUUUAGAGUGAGGUUCGUUCCAAUUUCACGAACAAAAAGAGUGACACAGAUUGACUUUCACUCUCAAAACAGCGAAACUGACACCACUCAGACAAGGGAGAGUAAAAUGUUCACUCUUUUACAUUAAGAGAGUUGGAGUGGUGAGUGAGAUGGUUGACUCGGAACAACCCUGCCUGCAAAAGAAAGUUGUUUGAGUUUAAAGACAAAUCCAAACUAUUGUACAGAACACCUUUUUAAAACUACACACGUGGGCAAUCUUGCUCUCACCAUUUAAUACCCUAUAAUUGGUGAGCACAUUGUGAUGGUAUAACUAUUAUAGUAAAAGGUUUAUGGUGAAUUUGUCUGUUUACCAAAAGUGCAAUUCUGCAGGUGUCCAUCUUAUCUCAAAAAAGCUUAUGAACCCCAACAUAGGCUGGAAAGAGGGAACGUUUAAACUCUUAGUUUGAAAGAAAUCUUUAAAAUCAAGCAUAAUUUAUUCAGAAGGUAAUCAAAUGUUUUGCAACCUGGUUGUAGGAAAUGCAGAUUAUCUCUUUCAUACCAGUCUUUCCUUUUUUUUAGUUGCAUGCUAAAUUGCAUGACGCCCCCCCCCCCCCGCCUUUCAAUGCACUCUAAGUACACAGAGUUGUGUCGUUGUGUUGUUUACCAACGACUUCUGACCAAUCAACUUUCUUAACUUAUAUUUCACUGUCAAUACCGUGUAUAAUUAACGGGGCAUUAGCAGCUCUUUACACAUAAUAAAGAAAUAUUCUGUGAUUUUUGUUAUGUUGACCUUUAUACGUUCAGUGCGUGGUGGCUGUUUGAAAGCGGGUUCGGCGAGUGAAUGUGAUAGUGCCAAAAGAAACCCUCGGACUUUUAAUAUCCGCAAGUUCCUUUUUACGUCUAAGAGUACAGCAAUGAGGAAAUGUGUACUGUUCGGACAUACUAUUGACUGCGAAAGGUUUAAGACGUGAUUUGGGCCAAUUAUAGGUGGAAAGAGCUAUAUCGAUAAAAUAACCGAAGGAACAACAUGAUAAUAAAACACGUCAACUUAAUGGUAUAAGAGAAUUAUAAGAGAAUAUUAAUUUUGGUAUAAUUAUGUUACUAGGUCCGUCGACCCUUGACCUCCGUUGAUUCGAAAUACCGGUAGGCCUACCUGUCCGGAGUGGUAUCAACUUUGGCCCGGUUCAAUUCACGCAUCAGAUAGGGGUUUCUUAUUAACGUUUACUUUUUCCACCAUAUUUUCAUUAAAGCAUUCCGAAUUCCGAAACAAUGCGGUACACAACCUAAAAUAGUAUCAUGAUAAAUACAGCAUCAUGUGUCAGUUUAUUUUUUAACUGUACUGUUUCCCAUACUGCAUUGUGGUAUACCUUUAAAGCCAUUGGACACUUUCGGUAAACAGUAUUGUACAAGGCCCACACUUCGUGUACCACAACUUAUAUA